CAAGCGCGCGCACCCCACUGUCACCCGGCCAGUGUGCCGGCGCCCCGACCCACGACCGCACGGCAUUCCCCGGGGCUCCGGCGUUUAGCAUCGAAAGAGAUGGAAAUCGCGCCCGAGGGGAAGAACUUUCGAUUGGUAACGGAAGAAGAGCUCCCGGCGGUUGGCGAUGUUCUAGUGCAGUAUAUGCCUGAAUCUCUUAAGUUUCAUCAGACGAUUCAAACAUAUCUAAACAACAAGGUGUGGGACUUCCAUUUUUAUGUUGCGAAGAAUUGGCCCGAGGACCCGAUUUGCCUGCACUUCCCCGGAUGUACUGGAUCGCCAAACAUCGCCAACGACAUAUUCGAGAGCGUGACCGUGUUCUGCCCGUCGGAGCGCGCGGAGCUGGUCGACCUGCUCACGUCAGAAGACGUCCUGCUGGACCUGACGCAGCCGCUGUACCUGAACUUCACCCACGAGGCCAUCGUGAACCGCUUCGAGCGGGUAUACGAGGCCCAUGACAAGAUUACUGGGGAUGUCUAUGCGUGCGUCACGCCGCCGCCGGAUAAUGCUGCUGAUGAGCUACCACCGGACGUGGAGCUGCUCCGCCUGCAGCCCGAAGACAUGAAGGCGGUGUACGACCUGUACCCGGCCAGCGACAUCGAAUGUCGCGAGGUGUUUGAAAAGCUGGUGGCUGAGUUGCCGGCCUAUGGUAUCUUCGUGGAGGGCCAGUUAGCCGCGUGGAUGGUGCAAUCGUACUACGGCGCUAUGUUCUCGAUGCAGACUCGUCCGGAGUUCCGCAGGAAAGGGUACGGAAUAUACCUAGCCAGGCGCCUCACUAACGAGGUAGCGGCGCGUGGCUACAAGCCAUUCGUGGUGAUCCGGCCCGAGAACGACGCCUCGAGGAACCUCUACCUGAAGCUGGGCUUCGAGAAACGCUUCCGGACGGUGCGGGCCGUGCUCCGCCCCCGUUAGCCUGAUAAACGUUAAUCACUAGCAGAUUUUAUUUUUUUAACAAUUUUGAAAUCAAAUUUAGCUUGCGAUCUUUGAUCGCUUAGAGAAUUUUAGUAGUAGCUUUAAGAUUGAACAGCUAGCGCUCUCGGCUUUGGAUCUCUUAGGCAGUCUUUUAGCGUUUCAAACGUUAGCGACGCAGCGCGUUGAUGAACUUC